GUCAGAUCAAGAGCCUUACAAGCCAUACUAGUCACAGGUGUGAUACAUAGGUCAUACAACACUACUAUAAUCAUAUAAUUAUAAUUGCUGAUUAGAAGAACGCUCAUGCACACAGGGUCUCAUGGUGAAGCAGUCCGGCAUUUCUCUUCCCUUGUCCGUGAGGAAUCCGCAUUGGGAAACGCCCCAUAUCAACAUACAUAAGCAACUCACACAAUGUGGACGUUUGUUCACAUAUAUACUUCACAGCCUAAACAGCACAAGAAACAUUGGUAGGUAAUAAAUAACGUUGUUAUUUUAUGAAAUUGAUUAUCGCAUGCAUGGGUGGCCGGCAGGUACUUAUGCUCCAUACAACUUUGUGAAAACAACUGUCAAAAAUGAAAAAUCUGUGAAGAAGCAAGAUCACACAGGGCAUGCAGGCCAGCAGUGAUCAUCCCACUGUGCUAUUGUCUAGCCAAUGAAAUUCAAAUUCUUGAUGUGAAUCUUGACCAUUCCUUUCAUUUGAGCGCCGCGCUGCUGUCAGUCUGCUAGUGGACACCAGAGUGCACGGAUGGCAGGUUUAGAUCUCCAGAAGAUCUUCAGCGCUUGGCCGGCUGAGCUGCAUACCCCAGCACAGCGUGGCCCUGCAGUUCGCCCUGCGGGUGGUCUGAGGUGCCGAUCACAAUAUACACAUUGCCCUUGAGGAGCUGCUGCACUCCAAAAUCGUAGGUGGGGUCAUUGAAGGUGAACUUGGCUGCGCUGGUGCUCAGCGCCCUGGAAGGGCUCUGGUCAAUAAACCUGCAC